AUGCAUCGACCUCUGACAGACAGCACUCUCUACCGCAUCAAUGCGGGUAUCCUAAUUCCAGGAAGGGGAGCACCAAUUCCUCGCGGAGCUGUGGUCUGGAAAUCCAAAACAAUCCUCUAUUCUGGCCCGCAGCAUGAAGUACCAGUCGAGUAUCAGGAUGCUGUUACCACAAAUGUCCCAGUUGCCAUGCCAGGCAUGUGGGAUUGCCACAUUCAUUUCUUAGGCGCAACGGCGGCGAGCAUGGAUUCUAUUGUGAAUACGCCACAGGCAUUGGCAGGGGCACGAAGUGUGCCUGACUUAUAUGCAACCAUUAUGGCGGGAUUCACGUCAGUUCGCGAAGUUGGAGGAUACGGUUGUGAGCUAGCCAAAGUUAUCGACGAGGGCCGCAUUCCGGGACCGACCAUCUACGGUGCGCACAGCGCCAUCAGCAUGACGGCAGGCCACGGCGAUGUACACGGUGUGAAUCUCGAGGGUCUGCGUGACCUAUGUACACAUGGCUUGCCUUUGACGAUCGCAGAUGGUGUGCCUGAGUGUCUGCAAGCCGUACGAAAGCAGCUGCGGCACGGAGCACGCGUCAUCAAAGUCUGUGCCAGUGGUGGUGUAGUGAGCGCUAUCGACGACCCGCAGCAUCAAGAAUUCUCGUUCGAAGAGCUUAAAGCUAUUGUUGACGAGGCGGCGCGGGCAAGACGCGUUGUGGCCGCUCAUUGUCACGGCAAGGCAGGCAUCAUGAAUGCUCUCCGUGCAGGUUGUCGCACGAUUGAGCACGGCAGCUAUCUGGAUGAAGAGGCUAUCGACUUGAUGCUAGAGAAGGGUGCUAUGUUGGUGGCAACACGCAGUGUUAUCGAAAGCGGACUUGCUAUGCGUGAUCUCUUCACGCCCGGCUCAUACCAAAAAUUGCUCGAGGUAGCUGAUACGCAUAAGAGGGCGUAUCAGCUAGCAGUCAAACGUGGCGUGCCUAUUGCUCUUGGUACAGAUCAAUUCAUCAGCUCGGAUAAUCCUGCAUUGGGAUAUGGACGCAAUGGUGGAGAACUGGUGUACGCGGUUGCGGCAGGCAUGACACCGCUGGCUGCAGUUGAAGCUGCCACAGCCAAUGGGCCGUUAACACUCGGUGACCAGGCGCCAAAGAGUGGCCAGUUGAGGGAGGGAUUUGACGCAGACAUCAUCGCACUGACAGCAAACCCACUAGAGCAUAUAACAGUGGUCUCUGAUCCGAAGAAUAUCACGCAUGUAUGGCGAUAUGGCAAACUUGUCAAAUCAAACAAAAGUGACAACUGAUAAUAAGAUAAGACUUGUCUUCGUCUCUUCGAUAUGUCCUUGUUCCAUCGUUUCACCUGUCAAUGUCUAUGUUAUAUAAGGAGGGGAACGCUGAGUGUCCAUACUGGUCUACGCUCGACGCGUCCUCAAGAGUCAGUGACACGGAAUGCCGGUUCGGUUCGUUUAGCCCAUCAGAUCCGUGGGAAAUAGCUCAGAAUCGACUGCCACGCACGAAUGUGUCU